GAUAACUGCACAGAUUCCAGAAUGGGAGAUGACGGUGUCGUACCCAGGCUGGGUAACAUGAAAGCUUUACUGGGAUUAAUCGCAGGAGCCGGCGCCUCGUACGGGCUUUACAAACUCGUGCGUAGCGGUAGCAAAAAAUCAGAAAUAAGUAAAAGAAGUAUCGAUAGAAGUAGUGAAAGUGGUUUCGAAAGUAAACCUCUUUCUAAUAUGGCUAUACGGCCAGGAAGUUUGCUGGCCAAGGUGUCUGAUAUGAAUAUUAUCAGUGGAACUGAAACAACGAGGGUCACAGAUACCCCGCCAAGUGACGUUCUCUCAAAGUCCCCUGGUAGCCUGGAGCCACGACAUAUUGGUAUGCUUCUUUACCUUCUACAGAACACCCCUAACCCGUCCGAAAGAAGACAAGUGCUCCUAACGUUAGGGAAUGCUGCCGCGUUUACAGUAAACCAGGAUCUUGUACGUGAAUCUGGAGGGCUUCACGUUAUUGCGGGUUUCCUCCCAGAUCCAUCGCCUGAUGUCAGAGUGCAAACUCUGAAUGCACUGAAUAACUUGUCCAUGAAUGUCAGAAAUCAAGAGCAGUUAAAGAUAUAUGUCCCACAGGUGUUGGAGUUGAUAGAAAUGUCACCUGUGAACUCUGAAAUCCAGUUGGCAGCACUGAGGUUACUGACUAAUCUGUCAGUCACAGAUAUUCACCAACAUUUGAUGAAAAACGCCACUAAACUCUUUUUGUCGUUGCUUGUAGUGAGCAAUGAGAUAUUGCAGAUUCAGGUUUUGAAGGUCCUGGUCAAUUUAUCCUCCAAUCCAGACAUGAUGGAUGACAUUGUACAAGCUCAGGCCCCAGCUUCGUUGGUCCUGCUUUUCGACUGCUGCACGAACACCCCUGUACUUCUUCGCCUCUUCACCUUCAUCGGGAACCUCCGUGCGUGGAGGCCCUCUGCGCAGGUGGCCGAGGCUCUGCGGAGGAGGUCAGACUCCCUCUACUGUGUUCUUCUGGAUGAGUCUUCUCAGCUCCAUAGCAGGCUGCCUGCCCUGCUCUCACACCCCGACAGCGAGGUCAAAGCGCAGGUGGCAAAGCUUCUCACGUAAUCCUUAUGCCAGGGCCUCAGUCGUGCCUUCAAGUGCCAAAACCCCAGGCUGCCUCCAGUGUCAAAUGUCCUUCUCUUCAUUCUCUGUCUCCAGCCCAACGAGACACGGGCCCUGUGUUUUGACCUUUUGUCCCCCUCAGGCAUUUUUAGAAAGCAAGACUUGUCUGCAAGUCCCACACAAAAAAAAUGCGGAGCCUUGUCUAGGUCUUAUAUAAAUGACUCAAAGUCCCACUGCCAAAACCUUUGUAGCCAGGUAAAGGAACGUUUUGAUCUCAGCAGGUAUUCGUUUCCUACGACACUUAAAGUGCUUCUCUCUGGACAGGAUGCUCCGCCCCCCUUAGAUUGCUAUUGGACAUCUCUGUAGCCAUUCGUUUGCAUUGCCUCUGACAGUGAUGGGUCAUGUUACACUUUCUUUGUUCUUGUUUGUUUUUUGUUUUGUGUUUUUUUUUUUUUUCCAAGAUGAAUUGCUGACUUUGACUGCAUGAAACUGGGAACAGAUGUCUGAAUUGCCUGAACUGUUUGGUGAUGUGUUGUUGUUUAUUGCAUGUCACAUGUUUUUCGGGAACGUUUUUUGUUGCUUUUUAAAUGGUCCAUAAAUGCAUCAGGACACAUGAAAUAUUUGACAUCUGUUUAGAGGCAAGAAUCAUUCAAAUCCAGGACAAUGACUGUGUGGCCAUCUUCACAGAUUUCUGCUUUUUUGUUUACUUUUGUGUUCCUCUGUUCUUGACUCAAAUUAUCAAAGGAGCAUUCAGCUACUAAUGGUGAAGAGCUCUCAGUCUAAGAGGCCAGUUUAGAUAAAGUAGUUUACUUUUAUGCAAAGAAUAACCUUUUAUGUACUAAAUAUUGCCAUGGUAAUCCAAUAAUUAUGUAUAUUUAUUACAAUUAAGUUAUUUUCUUUUCAGCCUUGUUUUUUUUUGGUAA